AUAUUAUCUCGGAUCUUUCUAUUCCACUCUCUCCUCUUCUCAGCUGCUCUCCGCCGAAGUACCGCAGUUCCGGCCACCAGAAGGCUAAAGAAGAGACAAACGUCUCCGAGUAUGGCUUCAGAGUCUCCGGUGAGGCACAGGCAGUCUCCUCGACGGAGAAGUCCAUCUAGGUCUCCUUCGCCACGGACGAAGAGAUUGAGAAGAGCUCAAGGUGAAAGGGUGGUUGGGAGAAGUAGGGACAGAGAAGACAGCAGAGGAAGGGAGAAGCGGGGAGGAGAGAGGGAAAGGGAGAGGAGAAGAAGAGAAGGAGAUAAGGAGAGGACGAGGAGGGACGUAACAGAUGUGGAAGUUGGGGAUAAGAGAAGACGCGGCUCAGGGAGAGAGGAGACUGAAGAAAGGAAGAGAGCAGGAGCAGACGAUGAGAGACAAACUAGAGGAAUACGUGAGAGGUCUCCUUCACCGUUAGAUAGGAGUAGUCGCAAGAGUAGGCGUUCACCAGAGAGAGCUCCUGCAUCAAGGCACGACGAGGGAUCUAAUGCAAGAGGGAGCGGCGAGGAACCCAAUGAUGAAGAUGAUUCGAUUGCUAAAAUGAAAGCUGCUGAAGAAGCUUUGGCAGCAAAGAAAAAGGAAGAACCAUCGUUUGAGCUAUCAGGAAAACUUGCGGAAGAAACCAACAGAUACAGAGGUAUCGCCAUCCUCUUCAAUGAGCCACCAGAGGCUAGAAAACCCAACAAAAGAUGGAGACUUUAUGUUUUCAAGGAUAGCGAGCCACUGGAUGAGCCACUCCAGCUCCAUCGCCAAAGCUGCUAUCUCUUUGGACGUGAGAGAAGGAUCGCUGACAUUCCUACUGAUCACCCUUCUUGCAGCAAGCAACAUGCUGUUAUCCAGUACCGGGAAGUGACAGUGGAGAAACCAGAUGGUAUGGUGGAGAAGCAAGUGAAGCCUUACCUGAUGGAUCUUGGCAGCACCAACAAGACGUACAUCAAUAAAGAUCCUAUUGAACCACAGCGCUACUAUGAGCUUCGCGAGAAAGACACCAUCAAGUUUGGUAACAGCAGUCGAGAGUACGUACUGUUGCACGAGGGUUCUGCGGAGUGAAUUCAAUCAGAGUCAAGCAGCAAGGAGAUCGCUUUCGUCAGGGGUUUAAAGAGAGGAUAGUUGAGCCAGCUUCGUUUCUACUUUCCUCAGAUAGCGUAUCUACUGUGUUGGUGACAGUCUCGACAUUUUGUUAAUACUUACCAUUUAGAAAGCAUUUGCUUACCUAUCGAAUGAUAAACUCAGGAGAUUUUUAAUUUUGGUUUUGUAAGGUGACCCUUUGCUAAGAGAAAAAAGUUGGCAUUUGGUAA